AUGGAUGCUUUGGAGGGAGUCCACAGUGUUCAGAUUUCCUCAUCACCACCCGUGGCGUCCUCCAGUCGGGCCUAUGAAGUCUUGAAGACAGGCAGGUCGGGAGUAGCGGUGUAUUCCUCUGCAGUGUUCUUUGGGACACCGUUCAAGACCGAGGAAAAGGGCUGCGUGGUUGGAAGGUUGGUAGAUCUGGAUCCCGAGCCAGAGCCCAGAUUGGCGGGGAGAGGCCAAGCUGUGCCCACAUCGGAAAUCGACAAUGGCGUCCAUUCCCGCCUGCGCAGCUCCUCGUUGGAAAUCCGAGAGAAAGAAAUUCGCGAAAAAGGCUCGGAGAUUCUCAGGGAACAGUUGGAUGCUGCAAAGAAGGAACUAAAACUCAAAGAUAAAGAGUGUGAGCGUCUUUCUCAAGUCAGGAAUCAGCUGGAACAAGAACUAGAGGAGCUCACCGCCAGUCUAUUUGAGGAGGCCCACAGAAUGGUGCGAGAAGCAAAUGUUAAACAAGCAGGAGCAGAGAAACAACUUAAGGAGGCUCAAGGGAAGAUCGACGUCCUUCAAACAGAAGUGACGGUGCUCAAGUCUCUGGUGUUGACAUCUACGCCAGCCUCACCCAACCGCCAGCUGCAUCCCCAGCUGCAGGUCCCGGUCACCGGACAGGUCGGCGGUCACAGUCGCAACAAGAGCAUUAGCGGCGGUGUCCCGUCCCCACCUGGCAAACCAGAAACUCUGUUGUCUCCUUUUAAGUCCGUCGCCACAGAGGACCAAGAGCUUGCUGUUCCCGCUCUUCUCUCUCUGAAUCUCUGCCUCAUUUCUGGCCAUUCCGUUGCCGUUGAGACCCUCUCUUCACCCUUAAUUGUGUGUUUUUGUUGACAAGAUAAGUGAGGGACUGUCAUCUCCCCACAGAUAGACUCUGUUUUGUAUGCUGAGUUCCUCAUGUGGAAGGAGCAUCCAAGUCUAGAUCGCUCAUCCGCUCUCAUGAGUCGCAUCCACAGAGAAGACAUCGCACCCUGCCUCUCUUUUACACGAUCUGAGCUGUCACAGUUAGUCCAGAGCGCCGUGGAAAAUAACUCUCUGACUAUUGAGCCCGUGGCCAUGUCAACGUUACCAAUGGUUAAAGCCUCGUCGACAGAGUGCGGAGGACCUAAUGACUGUAGGGUAGCAGUGGAGACAAAAUGUGCGCUAAGCGGCGUAUCGCAAUUGUGCAGACAUCGCAUUAAACUCGGCGACAAAGGGAGCUACUACUACAUUUCCCCAUCCAGCCGAGCACGGAUCACGACCGUGUGCAACUUCUUCACGUAUAUUCGGUACAUCCAGCAGGGCCUGGUCAGACAUGACGCGGAGCAGAUGUUCUGGGAGGUGAUGCGUCUCCGUAGGGAAAUGUCCGUGGCCAAGUUGGGUUUCUACCUCACUGAGCAGGGUUAG